CUAUAACUGUUUGAUUUGAAAUAUAAGCUUCCCUCUUCACCAGCUAUGACAGAGGAAAUAACAUAUGCGAAUCUGGAAUUUAAUAAAUCGUAUGCACUGGAAAAUGUCCCAAAGCCUGACGCUCCUGAGGAAAAAGCAUCACUUCUUUAAGGAAACAACAAUGUCUGCUGGAGUGAAUUCCUCUUGGAGAAAAUUACUGUUGGAUGCUUUCCCAGAGAAGAUUAACUCUCUUCUUACUUGGACAGAGGAAAUAUGGAUGUGAGUGGCAGUGUAAAUGGCGCCCCACUUCAUCCCCCACAUGGCGUCUGGCUGCCCUGACUUUCCUCACAUUGUGCUUGGCAUUGCUGGUAGGGCUAUUAGCCCUGGGGAUUGUGUUUUUUCAGGUUUCCAGUGACUUCCAGAAACAGAUUGGAAACCUCAAGCAAAACCAGGAAACUCUGCAAACAAGUUCCUCAAAAAGGCUGCAAGACAUGAAAGACAAUUUGUGUCUGAAAGGGGAAGAAAAAAAUAAGAAUAAUGGACCAAAUUGUACACUCUGCCCUGCAAACUGGCAAUGGAUGGGAGGUGACACCUGCUUCUACAUUUCAAGAGAGAAAAGGUCCUGGAAGCAGAGUCGAAAAUUCUGUUCCUUACAGAAUUCAACCCUUCUCAUGCUACAAGACAUGGAGAAGCUGAAUCAUGUACCUCCAAGACAGACUAGAGACUAUUACUGGUUUGGAUUAUCAUGUAAAUCUGAAAGGAACGGCUGGCAUUGGGAGGACGGCUCAGCUUUUUCAGCACAGAGAACUGAUUGGGACCGCGGAUGUGGAUACAAUCAAUGUGCAUCCCUAUAUGACAGGAAAAUGUAUAAAGAUGACUGCUCACAGGAGCACUUAUGGAUCUGUGAGAAAGCAGCUGUCCAGCUGAGAUAAAGAAACAUCACCAGAAGGAACACUGGCUCCAUCAGUAUGAUGGGACAUAUACUCAGUGUAUUUUGUUUUCUUGUGAGGUUUUUAUACUUUUUUUCAGAAUUUUCAGAGUGGGGAUUAAAAUCGGCGUUCUAUUAUAUGCUACACCAGAACUUCUUGUUUCUUUCCCUCCACACUAAGGUUCAGUUAUGAAAAUCAAGACAAUAACUGGAAAGAGUCUUAGGAAGUCACUUGCAAAAAUAAGCUACUGUCAGCAUCAAAAUACCACUGCCAUGCACCAGAGAGAACACAAAAUCCAUCAGUGCAGUUCUGAAAUGUGUAACAGACGCCAGAUUGAAACUGGGAACUUCAGGCAUAGCAUGGAACCGGAGAAACUGGAGAUAAAAUGGGUUGGGUUAUAUCUUGUGACCAGGACCCUGGGGCAUAAUUCUUCUGAAUAGGAGAUCCACCAGAGCUUUUUCUAGCUUUAAAUAUUGUAAUUGAAGUGAUGAGGCUUGUCUCUUUGAGAGACAAUUCUAAAAUAUCACAGAUCUCAAUUUUACAAAAAAGUUAAAAAUAAAUCCUGAGUUCCAACUUGAAAUAAUUUUUUUCUAAAUUUCAUCACACUUCAGUUAUUUCCCUCAGACAACCAUAAACUAAAGGCUUGCCUACACUACAAAAUUAAGUCAACUUAAGUGAAGUCAAUGUACAGCCAACACAGUAAUUAAAGUGGUGGGUUCACGUCCACACUAUGUCCCAUCUGUCGGUGGGACAUGCCCUGACUAGGAGUGGUUCCACUGACUGAGGUAGGGGAUUGUGGGACACUGACAGCUGCAGUUCAGCAGCCCUGGGGCUGACAGCCUCAACUGUCAGCCUCUCCCCCCCCCUCUCGCCCCCCGCUCCAGUGCUGACAGCCCAAGCUGUCAGCCAGGGGCCAGGCUCACAGCUGGAGCCCUCCCCCUGGCCCGGGUGCUGACAGCUCCAGCUAGUGCCUGGUGACAGCUCGGGCUGUCAGCACCAGGGUGGGGGGAGCUUCAGCUGUCAGCCCUACUCAGGGCUGACAGACAACAGGUGAUGUAAAUAACUCAGUGUCUACAUGGACACUGCGCUGCUCUAACGACACCGACCUAAGCACAACACCUCUAUUGAGGUGGAGUUAUUGUUAUAAAAAAGUGCUUAUAUGCUAUUUUAUAUGAAUGUUCAAUAAGUUUGUUCUUAUAACUUAGCAUAAGUUACUAACUUAGCAUAAGUGAUUAAAGUAGUUGAAGCCUAAGGCCGAGGUCAAGAUGACCUGAGAGGAAUGCUGAAGAAGCAGCUACAAAACCAGGAGAGACUGCCUGUUAUCAUCGAAGAUAAAAUAGAAUGCAAGGAGUAGGACUGACUGUCUCCUGGAGCAAAUCCGGCACCUGGCAACGGACUGUCCACUCAGCAACAGAACUGUCCAAUGGAAAAGAGCAGAGACCCCUACUCAAAUUGGGGGGCUGGACUUUGGACAUGGGCGAGGGCGGUGUUACCAACUGUAAAGGGUAUAAUUGCUUGCAAUUUCUGAGGGGCGGGGUCCCUCUCCUGAGGCACCC